AUGAAAUCCGCCGAAAUGAACGCCGGCCUAAUUGUAGCGAACCUGCCUGCCUGCCGUCCGCUUCUCGACUCGUUCAUCUCCCGCAUCGCGAGUUCAAGAGGCCUUUCGAGAGAUCGCUCACACGGAGCACCAAUUUCCGGAAGCGGGGGAAAGACCAUGGACAGAUAUCUAGAGCUUGAGGAGCAGGCCAAUGCCGGACUCGAAACGAGGAUCUACGGAAAGCGGGAUGGCGACAGUGGGAGCGACUUCGAUAUAGAUGAUGCCGAUUCUGAAAGCCAAAAGGGCAUUGUGGGUCGCAGGAAGAAGAGCAAUGGCGGAUUGAGGGUGCAGGUGACGAAAGACAUAAGUGUCACGAGCUCGACUCAGCAGGUCUAG